AUGGAGGCCAUCGAGGAGCUGGCGGUCCAGCCCUGCACCUCCUCCCUCUACCUGCGGCCUUUCCGCCUCUCUUACCGGCAGAAUGGCACUAAGAAGUUCUGGGAUUUUAUGAGGACACAUGACAGUGUGUCAAUUCUGAUCUUUAAUACUACUCGGCAGUGCUUUGUUGUGGUGAAGCAGUUCCGCCCAGCUGUUUACAUGUGUGAAGUAGAGAGGCAUCAUCCUCAAGUCUUUCAGAAUCAGGACAAGGAGAGCUUUCCUUCCCUGGAGAAUCCCUUACCUGCUGUGGUUGGAGUGACCUAUGAACUCUGUGCUGGCAUUGUGGACAAGCCAGGCCUUUCUUUAGAAGAAAUUGCUUGUGAGGAGGUCUUGGAAGAGUGUGGCUAUCGUGUUUCCAUAGCAGACCUCAGGAGGAUCACUUCUUACAGGUCUGGAGUUGGUGUGACAGGUUCUAGGCAGACACUGUUUUAUGCAGAAGUAAAUGACCAGAUGCGAGCCAGUGGAGGAGGUGGCCAGCCUGAAGAAGGAGAGCUGAUUGAAGUUGUGGAAAUACCUUUAGAAGAGUCCAUGAAGUUUGCUUAUGAUGAGACUUUCCCGAAGACAAUGGGUGUCAUCUUCAGUUUCAUGUGGUUCCACAACAACAUAGCACCUAAACUACCCAAAAAGUAGAGCACCAUGAUUUUAAGGAAAGCUUUUCUGCUGGUGUUGUGCCUGCAGAAAGCUGCAAAUCU